GAUGAAAUGAAUUCCUUCCAUAUAAACGGCACAUGCCACCAUCUGUUCUCUCUUUCUCUUGCCAACUCCCCAUCUCCCUCUCUCUAAUCUUGACUUGUUCUCUCUCUCUCUCUCUCUCUCUCUCCUUUUCCCUCUCUCUGCGGCAACUUUCUUCACAAAGCCAAAGUCCUCUUCAAGAUUUUGUUUUGCCACAAUCUCCGCAAAAACCCCAUUUCCCCUUUACACAUUUCACUCCUUCCAUUUCCAUAAAAAAUGAUUGCAUUUUCAAGACUUACCCUUUUCUAACCAGAUCUUGAAUCUUCCUUUUUUCCAUUAAAAUGUCAUAAAGUUUCAAUCUUUUUAACACCCAAGUGUCAGUUUUUUCAAGAAAAUGGAACACAAGCAUAUGCUCAUACUUAUUAUAGUACCAUGUUCAGUAACUGCUUUAAUUGUUUUGUUGUUAGUGAUCUAUUUAUGUACAAGGAAAAGAGGGGAAAUUGUUUCUAGGGAUGUUGAAGCUAAUUUUGAGGUAAAAGAAAGAGAUGGGGUUGAAAAAGAUUUGUUGAUCAAGUUUCAAGAUGGUGAAGAUCUUACUGUGUAUGAAAUCUUGGAUGCCCCUGGUGAAGUUAUUGGGAAAUCAAGUUAUGGAACUUUAUACAGGGCUAGUUUGCUGAGUAUUGAUAGACUUACAUUGUUGAGGUUCUUGAGACCAGCUUGUACUGUCACAAUGAAAGAAGUUGUGCCUGUAAUGGAGCUUUUGGGGUCUUUAAGGCAUCCUAAUUUGGUGCCUUUGUGUGCAUUUUAUGCAGGGCAAAGAGGAGAGAAACUGAUGGUACAUCCUUUUUAUCGUCAUGGUACUUUAGCUCAAUUGAUUAGAGACGGGAACGGUGAGGCUCAUAAAUGGCACAUCAUAUGUAGGAUCUCCAUUGGCAUUGCUCAAGGACUAGACUAUCUUCACACAGACUUAGAAAUUCCCAUAAUCCAUGGAAAUCUCAAGUCGAAUAAUAUACUUUUGGAUCGACACUUCAGGCCAUAUGUGUCCGAUUUUGGAUUGCAUCUUCUCUUGAAUCCAACUGCAGGCCAAGAAAUGCUUGAAGCUUCAGCAGCUCAGGGGUAUAAAGCCCCUGAAUUGAUCAAGAUGAGAGAAGUUAGUGAAGAAACUGAUAUUUACAGCCUGGGGGUUAUCUUGUUAGAGUUAUUAACAGGGAAAGAAACAUUCUACAGGAAACCAAAUUUUGAUAAGGAUAUUUAUUUGCCUAAUGCCAUUCAAAGUGCGAUUCUUGAUCAUAGAGUUGCGGAUUUUUAUCAUCCACAAAUUCUAGUUAGCCAAACUGAUGAUGGCCAAAGGGUGGUUAAUGAAGAUCAUGUCUAUGAAUUCCUUCAGCUUGCUGUGGCUUGUUGUUCUCCCUCACCUGCUCUUAGGCCUAAUAUAAAGCAGGUCCUCAGCAAGCUUGAAGAAAUUGGAAAGUAAAAUGGACAAUCUUUAUGCUUCUGCUCGAAGCAUGACGUGUUUCUGACUGACUUGAUCAAAUCGAUCGAUAUCAACAUACUUUAGGUCAUGAUAAGCAUGCUGAUACAACACACUGACUUUUUGUGAGGAAACUGUUUUUUGAGGACAUGUCUCAACUCCCUAAGUGCAAUCACAGCAAGAGAAUGUGGUGAAGCUUAUAUCAAUUGGCAAGAACAAUGAAGUUGGUGUUCAGUUUUUUGGCAAAGCAUAAGUUUUCACCUCAAGAAUCAGAAGCAAGUUUCUGGAUCCUGAAGAUUAGCUUCCAAUGUCAUCCUCAAGAUUCAAAAAAGUUCUAUUUUGUGACUCACACAACUGACACUAGUCGAGUGAGACUCAUUUUUGUUUCACAAAAAAAUAAACCCAAAAGUAUAAGAUUUGAGUCUACUUUUUCGUGAGACAAAAAGAAGUCUCACACAACUAGUAUCAGUGUUGUCAUAAAGAAAGGGGUUGAUGGAUUAGGAAGUACACAUCGCGAUAUGACCAAGAUAUAUUUGUAAAAUACAGUCAAAGAUUAGAGAGUGACAUUUAAUUAAUUUAUCCUGUGAUAGAAGAUAACAAGCAGUGGACUUGCCUUAAUUUCAGAGAAAAUCUGGUGACAGUUGGAAGUUCCAAAGAUAUGAUUACCAACAACCAGUUGUGAAGUGUUUUGUUGUUUUUGGUUAAAAGCUUAAACAUUAGUUAGAAAGGACACACUGUUUCAGCAACAAGACAAAGAAGAGCCAUUUCCCAU